GAAGCCCAAAUAUGCCUAAUGCCUGCAGUGUUCGUGCAUAAUCAUGGAUUCCAAAGUAACAGACAAAUUUGCCAGACGACAAAGCUUCUUCUACUGAAAGAUACCAUCUUUAUUCCACCGGCGGGCUGUAGUUUUUUCAGUUGUCUUUAUAUUGCUUUUUAUAGCGGUUGAUAAGAAGACAAACUCUUAGCUUCUGAUAAAGCCAACUGCUUGAGCAUCUCUCCAUCCAUUUAUGCCAGAAAGUAGCCAACGCUGUUCCACUCCCAUUGGUAGAAACAGAAGAACAGACAUGAAGCUUUGGGCUUUGGCUCCCUUAUUGGCCCUUUUCAUUCAUGGUGUUGCAGGAGAUGGCUUUGUCAAAACUGGAGGAAUUCGUUUUCUGUUGAAUGGCAGUCCUUAUUAUGCAAACGGCUUCAAUGCUUACUGGCUGAUGUACGUCGCCUCUGAUCCAUCUCAGAGGUCGAAAGUCUCCGCUGCAUUUCGCGAGGCGUCAAGCCAUGGCCUUACGGUUGCAAGAACUUGGGCUUUCAGUGAUGGUGGAUAUAGACCUCUUCAAUACUCUCCUGGCAAUUACAAUGAACAAAUGUUUCAGGGAAUGGACUUUGUUAUAGCUGAGGCCAGAAGAUUUGGAAUCAAGCUGAUAUUGAGCUUAGUUAACAACUAUGAAAAUUUUGGAGGGAAAAAGCAAUAUGUAAAUUGGGCAAGAAGUAACGGGCAGUUCCUGAAUUCUGAUGAUGAUUUCUUCAGAAACCCAGUUGUGAAGGGAUUCUACAAGAAUCAUAUCAGGACCGUUCUGAACAGAUACAACAGCUUCACAAGAAUUCAUUACAAGGAUGAUCCGACAAUAAUGGCAUGGGAGCUUAUGAAUGAGCCUAGAUGCAUAUCAGACCCAUCUGGAAGGACAAUCCAGGCUUGGAUCAUGGAAAUGGCUUCCUUUGUGAAGUCAAUUGAUAGAAACCACUUGCUGGAAGCUGGUUUAGAAGGGUUCUAUGGACACUCAUCACCUCAGCGAAUGAGCGUCAACCCAGGUUCUUCUAACAUUGGUACAGAUUUCAUAGCCAACAACAGAGUCCCUGGCAUAGAUUUUGCCACUCUUCAUUCCUAUCCUGAUCAAUGGCUAUCAAGCUCAAAUGAGCAAUACCAGCUUUCAUUCUUAAACAAUUGGAUUUCAGCCCACAUACAAGAUGCAGAGAAUAUUCUACACAAGCCAAUUCUCCUCGCAGAAUUUGGAAAAUCAUGGAAGGUUCCAGGUUUCAGCACAAACGGAAGGGACCUUCUAUUCAACACGGUAUACUAUAAAAUAUAUUCAUCGGCGAGAAGGGGUGGCGCCGCUGCCGGAGGCCUCUUCUGGCAGCUACUGACGGAAGGAAUGGAUUCUUUUCGCGACGGAUAUGAAAUAGUCCUGAGCCAAAACCUUUCAACAGCGAACGUGAUUACUCAACAAUCUCGCAGACUCUAUCAAAUCAGAAGGAUUUUCGCUAGAAUGAGAAACAUCGAGAAGUGGAAGAGGGCAAGGGCCGCAAGGGGCAAACGAAUCGGACAUUGAAAAAAUUAACAACUUACCUGCAAAAUGGAGAAUCUGGGUUCGUGUUCUAAUGGAGGAUGGAGGGAUUUCGGGCAAUGGUUUCUGUCUUUGAGAUGAAUCGUCUUUCGUCCAGGAGGAAAGCUGAAGCUUUUUUGUGGUUUUUGAUCUGGGGUUUGGAAGUUUUCAUAGAUAUAAACUACUUAGAUCAUAAGAAAUAACAGAGUUCGAGAUGGAGUUGGUUGUCAAUUCAUAUACAGUGUGUUUGCUGGUUUGUGAUUUUGUUUGGAGUGUUGUAACUUAUUUGAAUAUCUAAUAGAGUUUUUACUAUGAAUCCUUGAAUGAUAUAAUACUCAAUUAUGCA